GCCGCCGACUGUGCCCAGGGACACGCAGCGGGACGAGGGAAGACACACACACACACACACAGAGCCGGGGCCCGGUGCUCGACAUGGAAACCCGCAGCCAGGUGUGUCCGCUAGCGGCGCGGCUAACCGUGUCAUGACGGCCGGAGAGAUUUCUCCCACAUCUGCGCGACGUUGCAGCGAGACAGGAGCCGCACCAACACCCUGCUCGCCCUCUCCAGCCGCGACUGAGUGAAGAGGAGGCUUUAUUUUAUAACGUCUUCCAUCCCUGGUGGUGUUGUCCUCCUCUUCCUCCUCUUCCUCACCCAGCGCUCCAGACUGGACCACCAUGGCAGAGAGGACCUCGACCGGGUUGCUAACGAUGAUGUUGGAGCCCACGCCGGCUGUCGCGAUGACCCUGCCGGCGGAGGUGCGGGAGAAGCUGGCGGAGCUGGAGCUGGAGCUGUCCGAGGGGGACAUCACUCAGAAGGGCUAUGAGAAGAAAAGAGGCAAGCUGUUGGCACCGUACAUCCCACAGAUACAAGGUGUAGAUCCAUCUCUGCAAAUUGACAACAGAAUCCAGACCUCAUCCCAAGCAGUUCUUCCAGGUUCCAAACACAACAAGUCCCGGGCUGCCAACACCCGGGAUGAACGCUUCAGAUCUGAUUUGCACACAGAAGCCGUCCAAGCAGCUUUGGCGAAGUACAAAGAGAGGAAGAUGCCCAUGCCCUCUAAGAGACGAUCUGUGCUAGUUCAGUCAUCUGUGGAGGCAUGCACCCCACCAGACACCUCCUCAGCGUCGGAAGAUGAGGGUUCGCUGCGCCGGCAGGGACGUCUGGCCACUUCCACGCCCUACCAGGGCCACGGCCACCCAGCCGUUGAGCACUGGUUUAACCGUGUCAUCCAGGGCUCGUCCACCUCAUCCUCCGCAUCAUCCACCUCAUCCCACCCGGGAGGGAGAUCCGUCACCACCACCAACACCACUGCCCACGCAGCCCUCAACGCCAACGCCGCAGCUACCGCACUGGCCGACCUCAUGGCACACACCCAGCUAGAUAACCACUCAGCACCCCCCGACGUGACAGGGCUGUCGGAGCGUUCCUCACUUCAUGCGGAGCGGCCCCAAGUGGCCUCUGUACGAGGCAUUACCCGCAGCUACAACCAUCAAACCAGCGUCAUGGAGACUGCAGAUGGCUGUGAGUGGGGAGGUGAAGGAUCCCUCAGUUUAACGGAUGGGGUUCCAGUCAACAGUCGCGUCUCCUCUAAGAUCCAGCAGCUGCUGAACACACUGAAGAGACCAAAGCGACCGCCAUUGCGAGAGUUCUUUGUGGACGACUUUGAGGAGCUUAUGGACGUUCAGCAGCCAGACCCCAACCAGCCAAAGCCUGAAGGCCAGCAGAUGAGUCCCCUUGAAGGAGAACCGCUCGGCGUGGUCACCAACUGGCCGCCUUCAUUGCCAGCAGCCUUACAGCGGUGGGGUACGACUCAGCCCAAGAGUCCAUGUCUGACAGCGCUUGACAAUGCUGGGAAACCCGUCUACACUCUCACCUACGGUAAACUGUGGACCCGCAGUCACAAACUGGCGUAUACUCUCCUUAACAAGCUGAGCACCAGAAAUGAGCCUUUGCUCAUGCCUGGAGACAGAGUUGCACUUGUGUUCCCAAACAACGACCCAGUGAUGUUCAUUGUGGCCUUCUACGGCUGUCUGCUGGCAGAGCUGGUACCUGUGCCUAUCGAAGUGCCGCUGACCAGAAAGGAUGCAGGGAGUCAACAGAUCGGUUUUCUGUUGGGCAGCUGCGGCGUCACGUUGGCACUGACCACCGACGCUUGUCAGAAAGGCUUACCCAAAGCACAAACUGGGGAGGUAGCAACUUUCAAAGGCUGGCCGCGGUUACUGUGGUUUGUGACAGAUGGGAAGCACGUUGUGAAGCCUCCAAAAGAUUGGCAUCCUCCAUUACGUGAAGCCAGUAAUGACAUAGCCUACAUAGAGUACAAAACCAGCAAGGAAGGAAGCACCAUGGGGAUCACAGUGUCCCACUCAGCCAUGUUGGCUCACUGUCACUCCCUCACACAGGCCUGUGGCUACACUGAAGCUGAGACCAUAACCAACGUCCUGGACUUCAAGAGGGAAGCAGGAUUAUGGCAUGGAGUUCUCACUAGCGUCAUGAAUAGGAUGCACGUGAUCAGCAUCCCUUACUCCCUGAUGAAAGUCAACCCGCUCUCCUGGAUUCUGAAGGUUCACACGUACAAAGCGCGGGUAGCAGUGGUGAAAUCGAGGGACAUGCACUGGUCUCUGCUCGCUCAGAGGGACCAGAGAGACAUCAGCCUGAGCUCACUGCGCAUGUUGAUCGUAGCAGACGGAGCCAACCCCUGGUCGAUAUCCUCCUGCGAUGCCUUCCUCAAUGUGUUCCAGGCACGUGGGCUGCGACCUGAGGUGAUCUGUCCAUGUGCCAGCUCCUCGGAAGCCAUGACUGUCGCCAUCCGCAGACCUCCAGAAAUGGGUGUUCCUCCCCCGGGGAAGGCGGUGCUGUCUAUGGGUGGGCUGAGUCACAGUGUGAUCCGCGUGGACACAGAGGAGAAACUCUCUGUCCUUACAGUGCAGGAUGUGGGACAGGUCAUGCCUGGAGCUCUCGUUUGUGUGGUGCGGGUGGAGGGGACACCUUAUCUCUGUCACACCGAUGAGGUUGGAGAGAUCUGCCUGAGCUCAGGUACCACCGGUGUAGCUUACUAUGGCCUCCCAGGGAUGACCAAGAACAUCUUUGAGACCAUCCCGGUAACAUCUUCUGGGGUUCCCGUCAGUGACAGACCCUUCACCAGGACGUCACUGCUGGGCUUUGUGGGACCAGACAGCCUUGUGUUUGUCGUGGGCAAGAUGGAAGGGCUGAUGGUGGUCAGCGGGCGGAGACACAACGCUGACGACGUGGUCGCCACCGCUCUGGCAGUGGAGCCCAUGAAGUUUGUGUACAGGGGCAGGAUAGCAGUGUUUUCUGUGUCUGUGCUGCAUGACGAAAGGAUUGUUGUUGUGGCUGAGCAAAGGCCGGAUGCCUCCGAAGAGGACAGCUUCCAGUGGAUGAGCCGUGUCCUUCAGGCAAUAGACAGCAUCCACCAGGUCGGGGUGUACUGCCUGGCUCUGGUGCCGGCCAACACGCUCCCAAAGGCACCACUGGGUGGCAUCCACAUCUCUGAGACCAAACAGCGUUUCUUGGAGGGCGCCUUGCACCCCUGCAACGUCCUCAUGUGCCCUCACACUUGUGUGACCAACCUGCCUAAGCCGAGACAAAAACAGCCAGAAGUUGGUCCUGCUUCUAUGAUAGUGGGCAACCUGGUAGCAGGCAAGAGGAUCGCACAAGCCUGUGGAAGAGACGUGACACAACUGGAGGACAAUGACCAGGCACGUAAGUUCCUUUACAUACAGGAUGUGCUACAGUGGAGAGCUCAGGCCACUCCAGACCAUCCCCUGUUCCUCGUUCUCAAUGCUAAGGGCACGGUGGCGAGUACAGCUUCCUGUCUGCAACUGCACAAGCGGGCAGAGCGGGUGGCCGUAGCUUUGAUGGGACGCCUAAACACUGGAGACCAUGUGGCGCUCGUCUACCCGCCAGGAAUUGACCUGAUUGCCACGUUUUACGGCUGCCUGUACGCCGGCUGCGUGCCAGUCACCGUCAGACCCCCGCACCCCCAGAACCUGGCCACCACCCUGCCCACUGUCAAGAUGAUUGUUGAGGUCAGUAAGUCGGUGUGCAUCCUGACAACACAAGCAAUAAUGAAGUUGCUGAAAUCCAAAGAGGCUGCUGCUGCCGUGGACGUCAAGAGCUGGCCCAUGGUGCUGGACACAGAUGACCUCCCCAGGAAGAAGAGUCCCCAGAUGUACAAGCCCCCAACCCCAGAGAUGUUAGCUUACCUGGACUUCAGUGUGUCCACAACAGGCAUUCUGGCGGGGGUCAAGAUGUCCCAUGCAGCCACCAGUGCCUUGUGUCGCUCCAUCAAGCUGCAGUGCGAGCUCUACCCUUCCCGGCAGAUCGCCAUCUGCCUGGACCCUUACUGUGGCCUCGGCUUUGCACUCUGGUGUCUCUGCAGCGUGUACUCGGGCCACCAGUCGAUCCUGGUCCCCCCUCUGGAGCUAGAGAGUAACGCAUCUCUGUGGCUCGCUGCAGUCAGCCAGUACAAAGUGCGAGUCACCUUCUGCUCGUAUUCGGUCAUGGAGAUGUGCACCAAAGGCCUGGGCUCACAGACAGAAGCACUACGGUUGCGGAAUGUGAACCUGUCGUGCGUGCGGACGUGCAUGGUGGUAGCAGAGGAGCGGCCCCGCAUCGCACUCACUCAGUCCUUCUCAAAGAUCUUCAAAGACUUGGGGCUUUCGCCACGUGCCGUCAGCACCACGUUUGGCUGCAGGGUGAACGUGGCCAUCUGUUUGCAGGGUACAGCUGGACCAGACCCCACCACUGUUUACGUGGACAUGAGAGCUCUACGUCACGACAGGGUUCGCCUUGUGGAGAGAGGGUCACCACACAGCCUGCCGCUGAUGGAGUCUGGGAAGAUCCUUCCAGGAGUGAAAGUGAUCAUUGCAAACACCGAGACUAAAGGACCCUUGGGAGACUCUCAUCUCGGAGAGGUGUGGGUGAGCAGUCCUCACAACGCCACAGGCUACUACACAGUUUACGGGGAGGAGGCGCUGCACGCCGACCACUUCAACACCAAGCUCAGCUUCGGGGACACUCAGACGGUCUGGGCGAGGACGGGCUACCUGGGCUUCCUGCGCCGCACCGAGCUGACCGAUGCCAGCGGAGAGCGCCAUGACGCCCUCUACGUGGUGGGCUCCCUUGAUGAAACUCUUGAGCUGAGGGGAAUGAGGUAUCACCCCAUCGACAUUGAGACCUCCGUUAUCCGUUCUCAUAAGAGCAUAGCUGAAUGCGCGGUGUUUACCUGGACCAACCUCCUCGUGGUGGUCGUGGAGCUGGAGGGAUCCGAGCAGGAGGCCCUGGACCUGGUGGCUCUGGUCACUAACGUGGUCCUGGAGGAGCACUACCUCAUUGUAGGGGUGGUGGUGGUGGUCGACCCCGGCGUCAUCCCCAUCAACUCCAGAGGGGAGAAGCAGCGCAUGCACCUCAGAGACGGAUUCCUGGCCGACCAGCUGGACCCCAUAUACGUGGCUUACAACAUGUGAGGGGCUCUGCUGGCAGGGGGGGGGCACUCCUCACAUUACUUGAGACCACAGGACAAUGCAAAAACAUGGAGCUUGGAAGGUCUUGGUUCCCGUUGAAAGAGGGCACACUGCCCUCUUCUGUCGCAGAGGGGAAAUACAGUAUGAAAGAAAGCAGCAGGACGGAGAAAAAUACCCAAACUAAUGUCGGUUUCUCCCUGUAAUUUUUUAUUUUAUUUGCCUAAACAAAUAAUGUUUUCAAGGGCAUUUUUGUUCUUUUAAAGUAAGUUUUAUAUGUUUGACAGAACGUCUAGCUCCUUAAACACAGGACACCAGAUAGAGGAGGAACAGGAGGUUGAAGGUUUAAUACUACACUGUGCCAUUAACUUAUUUUUUACUUUGUCAGUCCCAACAAUAACAACUGUUAGUUUUGGUCUGUCAAACACUUGUGCCAUAGAACAGGACUGACGUAGUCAACCGUACCAGUAACCCAUUUCAAACGAGCUCUCACACCUUUAGCGUCCACUGGUCAGAAUGGUUUUCGUAGAGAAACUCCGCCACCAGCAAGGAAGGGCAGCUUUCCAGGUUACGGCUGCACCCCCAUGUGAUCCCUGAUUCCUGUGAUCCAGCUCAGUUCAGUUCCAUGUUGUUGCGUUGGCAAAGAAGCACACAGCAGUGGUGUCGGAGAGAGGGGGGGUGGGGGCAGUAGGGUUUUGUGUUGCUCAUUCCAGCUGUAACGCUUUUGUUUUUGUAGAACAAGAAGUUUCUGAAUAUUCUCGUGGUUUGACGAAAUCUUGUUCUUUUCUCAAUCGGACAUUACAAUGUAAUAUAGUCCCUGUUUUAUCUGAACGAAAUGCAAUAUGAGAGAUGAGGAAGGUUGUGGCUUUGAAUGACUGCGGACAGUGAGUGCCAAUCUUUCGACGUCCCGAUACGGAGAGGAAUAGAAUCGCUGCUUACCGUUAGCAGCGCCAAAUGAUACGAAUUAAGCCUUAAGUGUUUUUUCCGAUGCCUCUUCCUGUCCCCGCGUCUGUGCGACUUAAUUUAGUGAAGUUCAUCAGCUGGUGGACAGGAAAUGAAUAUGCAGAAGGAAGUGGGUGUGGUAAAUCCUGCUCUUGUUGCACCUACCCUCAUCUUGAUGGCCAAGAUGAAUAUACUUGAUCCUAACAUCGACCAUUACAGACACACACGUACUCCAUAAGUGUUUUUACUAACGUCUGUCCCUAUGAUUAGUCGAUUUGAAUGUGUUUUAUAGCGAAAGACUGGAAGAAAUUGUUGUGGGUUUGAAGCCGCCUGUCACAGCCUCAUUUCAGGAUGCAUAAGGUUGAGUGGAGGAUGAAAAGUGUUUUGAGCUGCAUGUAAAGUAUGAGGCGAGUGUUGUGACAUCUCAUUGCAUAAAGAUUUGCGUCAGUGUGUGUUUCUUUUUUCUACGUGCACAUCCCUUCAGAAACGGGCCCCAGCCUACUGUAAGUAUGUACAGGUUUUGUGUAAAUUAUUAAUAGAUGGAGGAGACGACAGGGACGCAAAAAGACUGAAUCUGAUAUGGACGUGAACUUCUCCCUCACAAAUAAAAAUGAUUUGAAAUGGAUCCUCGUGUGUGGACAAUGGGAAAGAGACAUUUUUUUUUUUAAGUGUGAAAGAACAGUGGGAACUUCCAGGACGGGACAGAGAACACAUCGAGCACAAGGAGAAGAGAGUUCUGCUCUGUGGACCGUGAGAUGUCACUCCCUCCCUCGCAAAGUUCUGUUGUUAACAUAUGGAAAGAUACAGUUGUCUGAUAUACGGUUAGUUGUCAUUAUUUUCAUAACAUGAUUUCCUAAUGAAUAAAAAAGUGCUUUUAACUUGAAA